UUUUCUGAAUACUUAUGCUCUUUUUUUUUUUUUUUCUUCUUUUUGUUUUAUAUAUUACGAAGGAAAAUGGAAAAUCGUUCACAAGACAUUCCUCGUCAAGGUGAACGCUGGACCUCCAUUCAAUCUAGAAGAGACAAUGCUGGUGAAGCUACUCGAAUGUUUGUCUCUCAUGUUCGACACUAUUUUUCUUCCUUGCCUCUAUUGUCUAUUCUCGCCAUCGCCAUACCCAUACUUACCAAUGUAUUGGAUAUCCUUACUCUUAUUGCGCCCACACAUGACAUGUAUUUUUAUCAAUGGUGUCAUCUUUCUAUUACAAGUAUUUAUCGUUAUCAAGUACAACGCCUAUUGCUUUAUCCUUUAGUUCAUCCUGGUACAUCUAUUCUUAUCACGAACUUGAUCUUAUUAGUUCCAUAUAUCUCGGUACACGAGCGUAGAAAGGGCUCGCUCUGUCUUCUAUAUGAACUGGUGGUUAUUUUCACUCUUUUGCCAGCUGUAUUGUAUCUAUUCAUUGUAAGUCUUGGUAUCUCACUGACUGAUAUAGCUGAUGAUCGUCUAGGCGUGGCGACAACUUCUGGUUUAUCUGUUUGGGUGAUAGCACUUUCUUUUUGGUCAAUGUUGGAUGAACAAUCAAGAGGAGAAGUCACAAAUCACAGUCUAUUUGGCGUGGUACCUCUUCCUUCAAAAACCAUUCCAUUCCUUCUCGUUGUAUUCUACUUCUUCUUGAUGCCUGAUUCGUCUCUGAUUCUCCAUUUAUGUGUUGCAGGAAUUGUGUACCUUUAUUCUUAUCGUCAACUUCCGUCCAAUCUAAGACCUACCAAUGAAAUGUAUCGCCAAUAUGAAAAUCAAUCAUGGUUACGAUUACUGACUACACAUCCAAAGUAUAUCAAUGUGGAAUCAGCAUCUUCUGGAAAUGGAUAUCUACCAGUGACAACUUCUGAUGCACGCGGUAGUUCUUCUUCAGCAUUUAGAGUCAACACAUCAUCCAUUUCAUCACCACCACCACCAGCUUCCAACCCUAGGAGCAACUUUCCAGGUCAUGGGUAUACUUUGACAGAUGAUUGAUAUAAUUAUUUUAGUUUGAUGAUCUAGUUCUAAGUUUUAUUUUGAAUCAUGUGAAAUAAAAAAUUAUUUUGUAUUUACAAUUUA